GAGCCCAGUGAUAAAGCCUUCGCUACCAGUAGCAGAAAAUGGAAAUGACCAUGAGCAGAAAGCUUGUAUGGAUAUUAGCAAUAAUAGCAGUGGCAAUAUCAAUCUUUGCCCCCCCAGUCAUUUACCCUUACGAAGCGCAUCCCUUCUUCUUCUCGCCACCUUCAAUAAAGGGCUCCCGUGACUUUCUCCACGGUGCAGAAGUGGUCCAUGUCGACGGCGCCUUAGGGCCCGAGAGCCUCGCUUUCGAUCCCAAUGGCGGAGGCCCUUACACAGGCGUCGGCGACGGCCGCAUCCUCAGAUGGCAAGGCCGCUCUAUUGGCUGGACUGACUUCGCCUUCACCUCUCCAAACAGGCAGAAUUUGUUCUCGGCCAUUUGCACCGGGGAUGGAGCAUGUCUGUGGGAGCCACUAGGGCUGAGUUUGAUAAGAAAACGGGAGAUCUGUACAAAGACACUCCUCUUGUCUAUAGCCGAAAACCACUACUGCUCGGAUAUAUGGUACUGGCUCCACGGUCCCAAAGCUGGCAAGUCCGAUAUCGUUGCUGAUCAGCUUCCUGGAUUCCCCGACAAUGUGAGAAGAAACUCCAAUGGUGAAUUUUGGGUUGCCUUGCAUUCAAAGACCGGGAUUAUUUCAAAGCUGGCUCUUUUUCACCCAUGGAUUGGAACUACAUUUUUGAAGCUUCCAAUUAGCUUUCAGCAACUGCACUCCCUGAUGGUAGGCGGGAAACCGCAUGCAACUGCUGUGAAGCUGAACGAAAGCGGUGAAGUUAUUGAGGUUUUAGAAGAUUGUGAAGGGAAGACAUUGAAGUUUGUCAGCGAAGUGGAAGAGAAGGAUGGAAAGCUGUGGAUUGGCUCUGUGAUGAUGCCGUUCAUCGGCAUCUAUGAUUUAUAAUGAUGAUGAUUAUAUAACAUGGUUUUUCUUGUUGCAGAGUCUGCUGAGAGGAGGGGAUUGAAGAGAAGAAAGGAAGAAAUCAUCAUUUCCUCGUUAAUUUUUCUUUCUUUUCUUGUAACUAUUAUUGUUUAUGUUGAUUAUAUACAAGUUAUUGCCGCUUGUAUAUAUGUAUACAUAUUUAUAUAUUUUAUAAACACAGACGUCGGGUGAUGGUAUCAAUCAAUUUAGUUAAAUAUCAAAGUUGAUGA